AUGGGUUCCGAAUACCUGGUCAACGUGUCAGUAUUUGCAGUGGCAGGCCUAAAGGCGCCAGGCGAUGGCGCUGGGAUGCCAAAUCCCUUCGUCACAGUCGAGGCACUCGAUCAGAAGAGGUCUACACAGGUCAUUAGCGGUGCAUCGGCUUGCACCUUCAACAACUUUUACAGUUUCUCAAAGCACACGAGCGAAGACGACUUCACGGGUGGAGAUGCCGUCGUGGUGGUGUACCAUAAGAAGAAUAGCUUCGGAUUUACGGACAAGCUGGGUCAAGUCACAUUCAGCCUGGAGAAAGUGUACCAUCAAGACGGGCAUGUGGUGCCAAAAGACUGGUUCGUGAUCGUUUUGCCGGACGAUCCAGGCAAAGGGUGCGGCUAUGUGGAGCUGUCCAUCGGCGCCUACGCACCAG